CAAGACUUGUGACAUGAAGUAGGACAACCAGCAUUUUGAAGAGCUCCAUCAUAAAUACGGCUGUAUCUCUGAACGUUGGUGGAUUUACUGGAGACUCUUCCCAAAGCCUGCUCGAAUCAGAACCUGUGAACUUUCCAAAAGCUUCAUAAUGGCGUUCUUACUAUCCAAAGCAGAAAAUACCAGAUAUUUGAAAAGAUCUUUAGUGCUAGUUUUAGUAUGUAUAAUAGUUCUUGUGUGCACUGAUCAGGACUACUAUAGUUUACUUGGAGUAUCCAAAGAAGCAAGUAGCAGAGAAAUACGACAAGCAUUCAAAAAACUGGCAUUAAAGUUGCACCCUGAUAAAAAUCAGAAUGAUCCAAAUGCACAUGAAAAUUUUUUGAAAAUAAAUAGAGCCUAUGAAGUACUUAAAGAUGAAGAUCUACGGAAGAAGUAUGAUAAAUAUGGAGAGAAAGGUCUUGAAGAUCAGCAGCAAGGAGGUCGUUAUGAAAGCUGGCACUUUUAUCGCUAUGAUUUUGGUAUUUAUGAUGAUGAUCCUGAAAUUAUAACCUUGGAUAGAGGAGAAUUUGAUGCUGCUGUUAACUCAGGAGAACUGUGGUUUGUGAAUUUUUAUUCUCCUCGAUGCUCCCACUGCCAUGACUUAGCACCUACGUGGAGGGAGUUUGCUAAGGAGAUGGAUGGAGUAAUACGCAUUGGAGCUGUCAACUGUGGAGAUAAUAGAAUGCUUUGUCGAAUUAAAGGGAUUAACAGUUACCCCAGUCUGUAUGUUUUCAAAACUGGAAUGCAACCAGUGAAAUAUUAUGGAGACAGGUCAAAAGAGAGCUUGAAGAACUUUGCCAUGCAGUAUGUUACAAGCACAGUCACCGAGUUAUGGGCAGGAAACUUUGUUAAUGCCAUUGAAACUUCAUUUGCUUCUGGUGUUGGUUGGCUGAUCACCUUCUGUGCUGAACGCGGGGAUUGCUUGAGUUACCAAACACGCCUUAAGCUAGCUGGCAUGUUGGAAGGUCUUGUUAAUGUAGGCUGGAUGGACUGUGGCACCCAGGGUGAGCUUUGUGAUAAUUUAGAUAUCUCAUCUAGUACUACAGCAUACUUUCCACCUGGAGCCACCAUAAAUAACAAAGAGAAAGGAGGUGUUUUGUUUCUUAACUCUUUGGAUGCCAGAGAAAUAUAUCAGGAAGUAAUGCAGCAUCUGCCAGACUUUGAAGUUAUCUCUGCAGCUUCAUUAGAGGACCGUCUGGCUCAUCACCGGUGGCUGCUUUUCUUCCAGUUUGGGGAGAGUGAUAAAUCAAAUGUACAGGAAUUCAAGAAACUUAAAUUUUUACUUAAAGAUGAACACAUUCAGGUUGGCAAGUUUGACUGUCUUUCCUCACCAACCAUCUGCAACAAGCUAUAUGUCUAUCAGCCUUGUUUAGCAGUCUUCAAAGGAAAAGGAACUGGAGAUUAUGAAAUUCAUCAUGGAAAGAAGAUCUUGUAUGACAUUGUUGCAUUUGCCAAAGAAAGUGUCAACUCUCAUGUUAUCACACUGGGACCUCAGAAUUUUCCUGACAAAGAAAAGGAACCGUGGCUUGUGGAUUUCUUUGCACCGUGGUGUCCUCCCUGUCGAGCUUUGUUACCAGAGCUGAGAAAAGCAUCAAAACAUCUUUAUGGUCAGCUUAAGUUUGGAACACUGGACUGUACCAUCCAUGAAGGGCUUUGCAACAUGCAUAACAUUCGAGCUUAUCCAACAACCGUUGUGUUCAAUCAGUCUGAUGUUCACGAAUAUGAAGGCCAUCACUCUGCUGAGCAGAUUUUGGAGUUUAUAGAGGAUCUUAGGAAUCCAUCAGUGGUCUCCCUAACACCAGAGACGUUCGUUGAAUUAGUUCAGAGAAGAAAACGAGAGGAAAUCUGGAUGGUUGACUUCUUUGCUCCAUGGUGUGGACCUUGUCAGGCUUUAAUGCCAGAAUGGAAAAAAAUGGCCAGGAUGUUAAAUGGAUUAAUCAGUGUAGGCAGUGUGGAUUGUCAAAAAUACUAUUCUUUCUGUCACCAAGAAAGCGUUCGGGGAUAUCCUGAAAUAAGACUCUUUCCUCAAAAAUCAAACACAGCUCAUCAAUAUUAUAGCUACAAUGGAUGGCACAGAGAUUCAUAUUCACUAAGAGGCUGGGCACUGGCAUAUUUACCACAAGUGUCUGUAGACCUGACUCCUCAGAGUUUCACAGAAAAAGUUCUGAAUGGAAAAGAUCAUUGGGUCAUUGAUUUUUAUGCUCCUUGGUGUGGACCUUGCCAAAAUUUUGCUCCUGAAUUUGAGAUCCUUGCAAGGACUGUUAAAGGAAAAGUAAAAGCUGGAAAAGUAGACUGUCAGAUGUACGCUCAGACCUGUCAAACUGCUGAUAUCAGAGCCUACCCUACUGUUAAAUUUUACCCCUACCAAGGAACAAAGAAAAAUGUUCUUGGCGAAUAUAUAGACAGCAGAGAUGCAAAAGGUAUUGCUGAACUUUUGAAUGAAAAAUUAGAAGAAAUUCAAAAUAAAGGAAAAAGAAAAAAAUCUAGAAAUAAGGUAAGACUACUUGUUGUGGGGCCUUUUGCAAAACACUUAUGUUAUUGUAAGAAUAGCUCUUUAAAAUGAUGUUAGUAUUUGUUCUUUGUCCGUGAAAUAUUAAAUGCUGUAUCUUCAAAUAGUACCAGGCACAUCUUACUUCUAGUGUUGUUUCGGUUACUGUUAUUUAUUUAAAUUCAGUUCUCCAUGCCCACAGAUGUAAUAGAAAAUACUACAGUUGCAACAUCAGUUAUAGCAAGACUUAGCAGAAUUUAUAGAUAUCCAUGGGACAGCUGUGUUAUAGAUGGUAGAGAUGCACUGGGUCUUUAAGUGUAAUCCUUAAACUAGAUUUAGCAAGCAGGCACCAAAUUACAGAGGCUGAUUAGUGCAAGACUGAGCUUGACAUACUAACUUGGAAAGAAGAUAUUAAUACACAGCUGUUAAAUACCCUGAAUUCUAUUUAGAAACAUUUGUCCAGUUGAAAAAUUAGUACCACAGAGAAAUUUAAAAUCACAGGAGAAAAUCCCAAUGAUCUUGAUUUUUAUUUGUACUUUCACAAUAACUUAAUUGUUUAUUUUCUUAUCACUAGGAUGAACUUUAACUGGUACUGGAGAUAGAUAGGAUUCAAAAUAUUCUGAAGCUGUGAAUAUAGAAGACACCAUGAGGAAAAUACAAGGCUGAUUAUAUUCAUGACAGGGCAAAAGAGGUGAAAACUCUUUUGAGUUCACGGGCAUAUAUGACUGUAUGGAUUCUGUUUAAACCGUGGGGAGAUAAAAGCGUGAAAGCAUUUUGGUUUUGGUGAAGGCAUUCAGUGUUUCUGCAAUUGAAUUCUGCAUGUCCCUCUCCUGAUAUACCAGCUACCUUCUUCCUAGUCAAACAUUGGAGUUGACCAGAAAUGUGGACUGUAUCACUUUUGCCUACCCAUUUACUAGUUCUUUAGAUUUUUCUGUCUCUUUUCAAACAGGUUUUGAAUGUGGCUCUCAGCCUAUGGCUGAAUAUGCACUCAAACCACUCUGCAAUGCAGAAACACAAUGAGGGGUUGUCUAUUUGAAAGACAAAACAGUUUUACCUGAUGAUCAUUCUGCUUUGGGAUUGUGUUACUGUCUAGUCAAUUGCUAAACAAUAAAAUCAAGAACUGGUAGUAGCACAGGUCUAUUGAAUUACAUUGCUCCUGUCCUUUAGUGGAUUACUGUAUUGUGGCACUGGUGAUGGUGCCUGGCUGAAAAUGGUUGUUUGGUUUGGGUUUUUUUAUUUUCUUUUUUAAAUAAUCAAAAAAAAAAUAUCAAGGACUUCAAACUCAGUGUUUCAUUGACUUUUAAAAUUUAAGUAAUGCUAUAGAAGCAUCUGCUUAAGUUAUUAGGUCAUAACUUUGUUAUUGUCUUUUUAAAUAUGAAUGUAUUCUGUGGACAUAUUUAACUUCAUUUGGUAUUACCACUUUUCCUUUCUCUGCAGACAUGUUUUGGAAGUUUUGGUUGUUUGGGUUUUUAUAUAAUCUUUAGGCAAGCAGGAUAGCAAGUGCCUUUUUUAAUUUAAUAAUGAACACUGUACAUUGCAAUGUCUCCUCAUACAUCUUAAUAGAAUUCCCACUCUUCAGAGUAAUAUUUUUCAUAGCUUCUUAAUAGACAAGAAAAAUUACAGAAGACAACAAAAUGUCUGCUGCAUUUAGGAGUUGAACAUGGAAAUGUUUCGUGUUUUCAAUAAAAUGCUGCUGAGAACCUGGCAGAUGGAUUUUUCUCCCUGCUCUCCAUGUAUUUAAAUUUGGUGUGACUAGUCACUGUAGUGUAUUAUAAAUUUGUAAAUAC